AUCAAACUAGUUCAGCCCAUAGUUUAACAAAUAGACCAAGCGAAGAUGCGGAUAUUAACGACUGUCAUUAGAGUGUCCUCCGCGGUACGUCCGCUUCAAAUUGCAGGGAAUAGAUGUUUGAAAGUUGUCAAUCCGUUACAACGCUGCAGGAUGCUGCACAGUUUUCUUGAUUAUUCUGACAAUAGACGGACUAUUGAUAGGAAACCUGAACCCGUACUACUUGCGAGAUGUUUAAGUUAUAAUUCUAGAAUAACACGCACGAUCGAUAGUCCUCAAUCAAGUAAUAGCUCAACUUUAAGUUACUUGGGAACCGCAGCGGCUCAAGACACUCGAUGUCUUCGCAUCGAUAAACUCUUCGCGUCCAGCACUACCAACAAUAACGAACAUAAAGAAAAAGAUACAAAAAGGAAGAAGACUGAUCGGAUGAAGCCGUCCAUCAUCCGCCAGCCCAUCCAAUGGUCUAUGUACAUGUUACAAGAGGGCCCAAGAAUACUUAAGAUGUAUGGUCCUAUCGCGGCUAUCACUUACAGUACUGUGUGGGCAUCUACCCUCGCCGGCUUUUACUUGUUGACUGCCAGAGGUGUGGAUGUGAUGACCAUUUUCAAUGCUGUUGGGCUGGGUUCCAUUGGUAAUCGUAUGGAAGGCGAAGCCAGUAAUUUUUUGCUUGCAUACACGGCGACAACUUUAACUGGACCAGUCCGGAUGGCGCUGUGUAUUUUUAUAACACCUGGGAUACACCGAGCCACUUGGCCUACGAUUAAGCCGCAUUUCCUUAGGGCACAACGACUGUGCUAUGGGCCUGAGGAGAAUACCACUAAACGUUUACAUGAGCAUAAACACAAGAAAAAUACACGCUCGCAUUCACACACCCGAUAAAGAAUACGCACGAGCAAAUGAACGCCCACGUAAACGAGGUAGAUGGGAAUAAGGCGAACAUUAGCCCGAGCGAAAAUGGUUGCUGAGCGAGUUUUUGAUUGGUGUCAGAGAUCCGAUGGAAACACGAGUAUAUAUGUCAGGCGUGCUCGUGCAAGAUUUAGCGCAAACAUAUUUUAUGCGUUGUCUUAAUUUCCCUCCGCGAAUACAAUGAUCAUAGUCAAGCAAUGAGUAAAUUUGCCAGCAGCGACCCUGUAGAACAAUUUGUGCGGAAAACUCAACAACUUGGGCCACAUAGGCACCUGUUGUAUAUUAGUCAGCAAUGCCUGUGAGCAGAUCCCAUUUUGUAAUCAUAAGUCGAUUCUGAUGCAAACGUGCAAAUCAUCGUUGCCUCCGCCUGAAUUGCUAAACUCAUGAGGGAUGCAACGCUUGGAGUCACUGCCUUCCCAAGUAUCUACUACGCAAAGUAAAUGUAAAUUAGAAUACGAGCCCUAGGACCAGGUCGGUGGCACCGAGAUGUGACGUAUUGAGAUAAUUAUAUGCGUCCGACAAUACCAUAUUGCAUGUACAAGUCUGACAAAACCAUAUUGUACGUACGAGUACCGGAUGAUAUGCAGGGUUAGUCAACUAUGCUGAAUUUUGAUAGGCAUUGCAUCAUUACCUGGCAAUGGAAUGCGCCCCGUAUGAGCCCUGCAACACCAUCGUGGCCCUGCUGUGAGUGUUAGUUGGUCUAAACCCGUACCAGACGAAUAAUAUGUUUAAACCUGCAACAACACUAGGUAAUAUUUGAUCAAUGCAAUAUUACAAGCCAUGCUUACCACACGAGUGAGUAGCCCACGUACAUUCGUGAGGCUCAGCUUCGGUUCAUUGUAUGGCUUGUACAAACCCGAACGGCAUUUCUGACAAACAGCAACCGAAAGUGUCAGGCGUGGAAUAAAACUCGUAGUGGAUAGUUUUUCGCAAUGCUCUGAUUUUUCUCGUCCGCAACCAAGUCUAUAUGGCACUGAAAAUCUCUGAAUGAUUUGAUUUAAAGCAUCUUAUUACUCGACAAGUAUCCCUGCUGAGGCAACGGCCAUGGCCAGAAAAGACUUGCAGCUCACCAACUCAUGCCCCUUUGUUCAAAUGACAAUAUCAGGACAAUAUCAGAUUGAACUAACAGAGUGGACGGAGCAAACAAUUCGUGAGCUUGCGUACAAGAGCUUCACUGAAAUCUCUCACUGAUAUUACUCACUGACGUUGCAGUCUCAAAUAUCUCGCCCAAGGAAUCGGCUGCUACUUUACGAUACACCAGUGUUCCCUAGCCACGCGGCUACUUGACUCUACCCUGGCAUGCACAUUGCUGUUCCAUCGUUAAUAAAAACAG